GAAGUGGAGACCAAAUUCACUGCAUCCCUGGUGUGGAAAAAGGAAUGUACUAUACAAAAAAGUGGCAGUAUUUAAUCAUAUUUUAUAUAUUGUCGCAGUUGUGUGGGGGGCGUCCACUGUAUUUGUUCUGUACUUUCCGUCCAGGUUGUGGGCCCUUUGCGCGUCAUUUCCGACUGGAGUAGCUGCCUGGCUGCCUGGCUGCCUGCCUGCCUGCCUGGCUGCCUGGCUGGGGGGACGGAGUUGUGGAGCGAAGGGCUUUCGCGUAGACGAGCAGCAAACGGGAGACACUCUAACCCCACUAAACCAACAGUGACGCUGUUUAAUAUGUCCACGAGUUGAACCUUAAAGCCGUCUUAUUACGCUCUCUUGCCCACCGAGUAGCGGCCCGGAGGAUUUGUUCGCUGGCUCGCUUCGGUGACAAACCGAGCACGCCGUCGCCGCUGUUAUUGUGAGAAGAAAAACAAGCUAGUCGGCUAAGCUUGUGUGAUCAUUGACAGAGUUCAAUACACACAAGCGGAGAGUGAUAACCGGCGGUGGGAGCCUGGUGCAGCGCUACUUGUGGAACUCUUCGAGAAGUGGAAAUAUUUCACAGUGGAGGCCCUCUGGACAAGUGUUGUAUCUGAGUCGCUGUCACUCUCUCUCUAGCAGUUAGUUUGAACAGUUUGCACCAGCUGGUCUGCCGCCCCCUCCCAACCCAGACAGUCUUCUGCCCCAGCAUGAAUGAAGUCAGCGUUGUGAGAGAGGGAUGGCUCCACAAGAGAGGUGAGUACAUUAAAACCUGGAGGCCUCGUUAUUUCAUCCUAAAGAGUGACGGUUCCUUCAUCGGCUACAAAGAGAAGCCCGAAGUGUCCAGCGAUCACAGCCUGCCACCUCUCAACAACUUCUCCGUCGCAGAAUGCCAGCUGAUGAAGACGGAGAGGCCCAGGCCCAACACGUUUGUCAUCCGCUGCCUGCAGUGGACCUCAGUCAUUGAGCGCACCUUCCAUGUAGACAGCAAUGAGGAGAGGGAAGAAUGGAUGCGAUCGAUCCAGGCGGUGGCAAACAGCCUAAAGAGUCAGCAGCAGGACGAGGAGCCAAUGGAGAUCAAAUUUGGCUCGCCGAGUGACAGCAGCGGCGCAGAGGAGAUGGAGAUCGCCGUGUCUAAAUCCCGCUCAAAAGUGCAGAACAUGAGUGAUUUCGACUACCUGAAGCUACUGGGCAAGGGGACGUUCGGCAAAGUAAUCCUGGUGAAGGAGAAGGCUACGGGCAUGUACUACGCCAUGAAAAUCCUCCGCAAAGAAGUCAUCAUUGCUAAAGACGAGGUAGCCCACACGGUGACAGAGAGCAGAGUCCUCCAAAAUACACGGCAUCCCUUUCUAACAACGCUAAAAUAUGCUUUUCAAACAAAUGACCGUCUAUGCUUUGUGAUGGAGUAUGCAAAUGGAGGAGAACUCUUCUUUCACUUAUCCCGGGACCGAGUGUUCACAGAAGACAGAGCCCGAUUUUAUGGUGCAGAAAUAGUAUCAGCACUGGAAUACCUACACUCAUGCAAUGUCGUUUACAGGGAUUUAAAGCUGGAGAAUCUCAUGUUGGACAAGGAUGGCCACAUAAAGAUAACGGACUUUGGCCUGUGCAAAGAGGGCAUCACUGAUGGCGCUACCAUGAAAACCUUCUGUGGGACUCCUGAGUACUUGGCACCUGAGGUACUAGAGGACAAUGACUACGGUCGCGCUGUGGACUGGUGGGGCCUGGGCGUGGUCAUGUACGAGAUGAUGUGUGGCCGAUUGCCUUUCUACAACCAGGACCACGAGCGACUCUUUGAACUCAUCCUCAUGGAGGAGAUCCGCUUCCCCAAGAACCUGGCCCCUGAAGCCAAGGCGCUGUUGGCUGGCCUGCUUAAAAAGGAUCCCAAGCAGAGGCUCGGCGGCGGACCUGAUGAUGCCAAAGAAGCGAUGACCCAUAAGUUCUUCACCUCAAUCAACUGGCAGGAUGUCUUGGAGAAGAAGCUCAUCCCACCUUUUAAGCCCCAGGUCACCUCGGAGACAGAUACGAGAUACUUCGACGACGAAUUCACAGCACAAACCAUUACAAUAACCCCGCCUGACAAGUAUGACAGUUUAGACCCGGAGGACUCGGAUCAGCGUACACACUUCCCUCAGUUCUCCUACUCUGCCAGCAUUCGGGAAUAGUGGCUCAGACUUUUGACCAAGCAGGGAGCAGGCAGGCUAACACACAACCCAAAUCUCAUGUUCGCACUUGCACUGCUGAGGACAAAUCAAAUGAGACACACACACAAACUGGCACAAGACACAUUUUCAUCCGGUCUUUCUUCCCCCUCUCCCCCACUCACUCAAAAAGCAUACAGACACAUACACACACAGACCAGCAGAGAAUCAUAUACAAAAUGAGCGUGCAGGCUGUGAUUCUGCGAGUUUGCGAGUGAUGGAUCUCAGCGGGGUUUUGCGUGGACAGAUGGGCAGCUUCAUCUCUGUACAUCCUCUCAGGGGGACCUCCGCUGCAUUACACUGGGCACACUUUGAAACCAGGUUAUGCCAGCAACUACCAGCUCGUUACCAGCCGUAGACACACAACCCUGACGCGUAGACUACAUCUUGCAAAGACGCCUUCUUGAUACAAUUUUUAAAAUUGAAGAUUGGAAGAGACAUUGGUUGAUAAUUGACCAAUUUAGCUUCAUCGAUUGUUACGGUUUUAAAUAUAAAGCCAUAUUUCUGCUUUUCAAUUAUUUUUUUUGUUUGGUGUUUUUUUUUUUUUUUUUUUUUUUUUUUUUUUAAAUAUAAGUGCUCUUUCUGGAACUUGCUGUUACAAAUAAAUUGUGUGUGUGUGUGUGAGAGAGAGAGAGAGAGAGGUAAGUGGGGGAGGGUGAGUUUGCCAUUUCUGUGGAUGCACUGCAUGUGUUCAAGUGUGAAUGAAUGUGUGUGAGAACCUGCAAACAAUUGUAUUUUGCAACCAUCCAUUUUGUGUCUGUUUUUCAUGGAUGCUGGAACACAGGCAAGCAAGGACACUACACAGUGAUGGCCUUAUAAAGGGAACAAGCGUGUUAUUUAUGAAAAAGUAGCUUCUCUUGCAUGGCUUUUUAAAUCACUAUUAUAUUUUUUUUUAUUUAAAAACAAGGUGUGACACUCAUAGGGCCCGGUGUAGCUGCGUGUCGCAAACACAGUAAGAUGGACAAGUUACCCGAUGUGUCAGAGACAGCUCGACCUCAGCCAUUCAACCUCCAUCAAUCAGUCAUCUUCACUGCCGGCUUCAUUCAGAUUAGCCACUUAUCUUCAUAAUUUCAGUGCAAGUUUAUAUAUUUUUUGUUCUAAAGCAAGCCUUUUGAAUGUUCUUAUGGUUUAAAAACAGAAAUUGUUAAAUCUUUAUAAUGUGGCCCAAAAAACAAUUGACUGACCUGGUGGAUAUUUAACAUUUCAAAUAAUUCCACAUUGAAUGUUGUUUUUGUGAUUUCUGGGAAAUUGUGUCCCAAGCACUUAAACGUACAGCCCCCUCCAAUGUAUUGGAACGGCAAGGUCAAUGCCUUUGUUAUUGUUGUAUACUGAAGACAUUUGUGUUUCAUAUCAAAAGACGAAUAUGACAUAAAAGUUCAGAAUUCCAGCUUUUAUUUCAUGGUAUUUACAUCUAGAUGUGUUAAACAACUCAGGACAAAGCCCCUUUUGUUUGAAGCCACCCACUUUUCAAGUGAGCAAAAGUAUUUGAACAGACAUUAUUAAAUUAACUUAAAGCGAAUAACAUUUAAUAUUUGGUGCGAUCUGGCAAUUUACAGAAAAAUGCAUUCAAACUAAUCGGGAGAUGUUUCAUCGUCCAACAAGACAAUGACCCAAAACACACUGCCAACACAACAAAGGACUUCAUCAGGGAGGCAAAGUCGAAGGUCUUAGACUGGCCAAGUCAAUCACUGGACCUUAACCCAAUAGAGCAAGCAUUUUACCUCCUGAAGAGGAGACUGGAGGGAGAAACCCACAGAAACAAACAAGAACUGAAAGAGGGUGCAGUAAAGACCUGGAAAAGCAUUUCAAAUGAUGAAUACAAGAGUCCGGUGAAGUCAAUGGGUUGCAGGCUUGAUGCAGUUAUUGUAAGUAAGGGUUAUGCCACCAAAUAUGAAAUGUUAUUCACUUUAAGUUAAUUUAAUAAUGUCUGUUCCAACUUCCAAAACAUUUGCUUACUUGAUAAGUUGGUGGCUUCAAUCAAAUGGUGCUCUGUCCUGAGUUAUCACAUCUAGAUGUCAAUACCAUUAAAUGAAAGCUGGAAUUCUGACCUUUUGUCUCAUAUUCAUCUUUCGAUCCGAAACCCAAAUGCCUUCGGUAUACAACAAAAACAAAGGAAGUCCCCUUGCCGUUCCAAUACUUUUGGAGGGGACUGUACAUCUGCCUGGAGCACGCAGCUUCAAAUCAUUGAGAUGCCACACGAGCUGCUCAAGCAACCUUCAGCCUAAACGCAGGGGUGUACUAAUCAAUAACUCCUUUUCUACCGGUAUUUUACCAUCCUUCUCCCAUGUUGAUAUUCUGUAUGAACAGCAAUGUGGGAGGAGGGUAAGUCUACAUUGCAAUUUUCCGCCUUAGGACGUAGUAUCAGAGGUGUGACACUGCAUGUGUGUUUCCUUGUAGAAGGAAAAUCUGCAGUUGUAGUAAAAACAAUUAUUACUGUCUGACAACUUUUUUAAUCACACCAGACACUGGCACUGUUGCAGGUAAUAUCCCGCUUUGCUGGGUACUGUGUAAAUCAACGUGCAGACAAAUGCCGGGUCUUCUUUCAGGGUUCUGAUGCAGCAAAAAAGCAGGAUCUCUGUGUAAAAGAGUCUAAUUUCGGCUGAUGUAUAGUUUAGUCGAAUCAAGUUUUGGCCAGAUUUUUAUGAAAUCGUGCUCAUAUUUUAUUCUUUAUUGCUGGAGAACAUGCUGGCUAAGAUUUGAGCUUUGCUAAAGGAAAAUCAAGUCAUGUCAUCAUGUUAUUUUUUUAUUUGUUUUGUUCACCCCGCACACCCACCCACCCCUUUUGUCCAUAUAUUUCUAAGGAAAAAUUGGAAAAUGUCAUGUCUAAGUAUACAUUCUAUAAAAUAUAUAUUAAAAUGUUCUAAACUGC